UUCAUCAGACUCUCCUGAAGCUGCAGCAGAAGAACAGAUCUCCAGCGGAACACGGUUAUCGGAUGUUGUGUGUGAUAUCUGUGUUUCGGUGAUGAGGAUCGGUCCGCGCGGGAUCCUGAACGGUUGCGCUGUUUGCUCGCUCUUACUCGGAGGAUUCUUAGGAAGGAUGUCGUCGUCUGUGUCUGGGAUUCAGGACAGGAGUGUGAUCUGGGAGACGUCGGAGCUGUCGGCGUAUCUGCACUCCUCCCCGUGGACUCCAGGUGUCGCUGUCGUCACCCAUAAGAGCUUCAGCAGCUCCUCCAGCCUCUUCCACUUACCUGAGGAUGCGUACCUGCAUCUGCUCCUGGGCGCCAGGUCAGUGUCGCAGCUGCUGUGUGAGAGUCUGGCGGCGCAGCGCUGCGCUUUGGUCUAUACUCCACACAGACGAGCCGGAGCCGAGCUCCACGUGGUGCCUCUCCACGGCCUGCACUCGGAGUGGAAACCUCACCUCGCUGCGGAGGAGGAUUUCCAGACGUAUGAUCCCGGAUACGUCAGCUCCAAGAGCGGCCCGCGCUGGACGGAUGAGGAUCUAGACGCCAUCAGGGACAAAAUCCGGGCUCAGCUGCCAAACCCGAAUGCGGCGCCCAACUACACCUUUCUGGGCGAUCCAUCCGAUCCCGGUCUGUUCCCACGCAUCGUACGUGGAGAAGAGAAGCAGUGGAGAGUUUGGGAAGACAAAGAGCAUGUGGCGUUCCUCACGCCGUUCCCCAACACACCCGGACUGACCGUUCUGGUCCCGCGGAAGCCCCUCUCCAGUGACAUCUUCCGGCUGGAGGAGGAUGACUAUCGGCGGCUAGCGCUGGCUUCCCGGAAGGUGUCUGGGCUUCUGGAGGCGGGGCUAGGCGCCUGGGGGGUGGGGCUUAUUUUUGAGGGCUUUGAGAUUGAUUACGCUCAUGCUAAGCUGAUUCCGCUCGUCUCUCCACCCGAUGAAGCGGAGAUGAGCCUCAGCUGUCCGGCUCCGGAGUUCUUUGACCACUAUCCGGGUUACGUGACGUCCGUCAGCGGUCCUCCAGCCAGCAGGGAGAGUCUCCAGCAGAUCUGUGCCAGAGUUACCCAGCGCUAACCAGGGCUGCAAAAAGGUGGUACAUUUCCAGUCAUUUUGGAAACUUUAAAGACAUUUUUUUAAAUUUGGGAAAGUUUACUCAAGUUUACUGCCAUUACUCAAUGUUUAGAGUAAUGGCAGAAAUAACUAGAGGUUUAGAGAUAUAUUAUCAUCAGCCGAUGUGGUCCAGACGGGACUUUUAUUUUGACAGCACUGAGAACGACAGCAGCUGAUCUCACACACUGCAAGACAGUAUUUUUUCCUUUAGUAUGUUUGUCUUGUUUUCCAGUAGAGCUGCAACUAACAAUUAUUUUGAUAAUCGAAUUGUUGGCUGAUUAUUGUUUCUAUUAAACGGAUAAAUAAAAAUAAAAUUAAAAAUUCCAUAUUUUUAUUUUAAUGAGAAAAACACAUUAUUCCACAUUCUGCCCAAUGUCUUUCAGCCCAAUGUGCCAACAGAAAGCUGUGAACACAUACAGUGCUUAAGAAUUUGUUAGACCACAUGUAAUAAUAGAGAAAAAAACUUUUAUUGUCAGUUAUUGGGCAAAUAACAAACUGAAACAACUAGAUUAGGAUUUAUUUACAUAACAAAAAUGCAAAAAGGCGGUAAAUUUCCAGUAAUUUUGGAAACUUUCCAGGAAUUUUUGGAAUCUUCCGAGAAUUUUAGGAAAGUUUACAGAAAUGUACCUGAAAUAUUAUAACGUAACUGAUAACAGAUUUUUCUAAUAUCGUCGUAGGCUGAUGUGAUUGAGACGGGACUUUUAUUUUAACAAACUGAAACAACUAGAUAGUAUUUAUUCACAUAACAACAAAAAUGUCCUCCUUUGCCUUGAUAACAGCACACAUACUUGCUGGCAUUAUCUACUUUAUUAACUAAUUGUGUAUCUGAAUCAAAAAACAUUAUAAAGCACUUGACUUUUUUCUGUCCUUUUUAUUUUUUUUAGAAAUAGCCUACUACUGUUACUAAAAAGCUUAUGCAUAUUGCAGGUCUAACCGAUACAGAGCUAAAACAUUAUUUUGGUAAUUUCCAAUACUGUUAGUUAAGAGCAGCAGUGGCUCAAACCUAACAAAAUUGGUUAAAAACCCUACAUUUGUUUAAAAAAUUUUGUUAAUCAGUUAAAAAUCUAGAUCGAAAAUUGAAACAAUAAAGAUCAUAAAGACGAAUGAAAUCACAGUAAUUAAUAAUAAAAGAUUUUAACUUAAGGCAGACUGUCAGGAAGGGCCUUUUAUGCAAAAAUGGAAAGACUUGUGUGAACUUGUGACAUUUACAGACAAGGAUUUGAUGGUUCACUGAGGACUCACACAUGUAUCUGUAAAAACAGACAGCCAUUACACUAAAGCAUCCGCCUGAAGCUUGAAAUAAAGAUCUUGGGCAGCUUGGUUCCUGCAGGAGCUCAUUCUGUUUCCUCCAGUGUUUGUAGAUGCAUUAUGUCGUAGAAAUGUGUUAUUCAGUGCUGUAACUAGAUGCCACUGGCAGUUACGUGCACUGAGGACACAGCCGAAUAAUCCUUAAUGAGAAUCAUCGUCACUGAUUUUCAUCAUUGAUAAUAAUAGAUUUUAUCGAUUAGUUGUUGCAUCUCUAUUUUCUAGUAGAAACGUUACAAAUUCUGGAAUUAUGACACGUUUACUUGACAAGUAUAAUGACUGUUACUUAAAAAAUAUCUGCCAAUUGUGUAAGAAAACUAAUCUUGGACACAAUACACACAAACUGACCAGAUUACGGAGUGCCCAGUUGGUUAAAGUGUUUUACUUCCUUUUAAUUUUAUAGACAUUUAAAAAAACAAAAUCUUUAUUUUUGAAAAAUACUGUAAUAAGAUUACAGAAUCGAGUAGUUGUCAUCUAAAGUAUGUAUAAGUGUGUUUAUUUUCCACACUAAUCAUUUGAAAAUUUAUUUAGAUUUCUUAAAUAAAUAAAAAUGAUGGAAAAACAGAUUGGUCGAUAUAUAAGAUCUUAUCAUCUUAUGUUAUAAAAUGUGAAAAUUAUUGAUUUACAAUAAAAUGAAAUAUGAUCGCAAA